AUGAAACUUAGUUUUAAGCACCAACUUAGCCUUGUUUGUGUCACACUACUUUUACCUGCACUAUGUAGCUCACAGGACUCUUUUACCGACUCCAGAGCAACAUAUUAUGGUAGCCCUGAUUGCUAUGGGAGUCCAAGGGGAGCUUGUGGCUUUGGCGAAUAUGGAAGGACCGUGAAUGAUGGAAGUGUCGCAGGCGUGUCUAGGCUAUGGAAGAAUGGAAGUGGCUGUGGAGCAUGUUAUCAAGUAAGGUGCAAAAUAGCACAAUACUGCGAUGAAAAUGGAGCAUACGUGGUGGUAACGGACUAUGGUGAGGGAGACAGAACAGACUUCAUAAUGAGUCCACGUGGCUAUUCAAGAUUGGGACGCAACGCAGACGCUUCUGCAGAGCUAUUCAAAUACGGUGUUGUGGAUAUUGAAUACAGAAGGGUCCCCUGUAGUUACUCUGGCUAUAACAUCGUGUUUAAGGUCCAUGAACACAGCAAAAACCCUGAUUACUUUGCUGUCGUUGUUCUCUAUAUUGAUGGAACAUAUGAUGUCACUGCCGUUGAGAUGUGGCAGGAAGACUGCCAAGAAUGGAGGCCCCUACGUAGGGCUUUUGGAGCAGUGUUUGACUAUACGAACCCACCAGGUGGAGAAAUCUACUUGAGGUUCCAAGUGAGUGGGAGUGCAGGGCUUUAUUGGGUGCAGUCCAAGAGUGCUAUUCCUAGUGAUUGGAGGGCCGGAGCUGCAUAUGACACCAAUGUUCAGCUUAAUUAG